AGCAAGACGAGACCUACAAAUUAUCACUAUCGCGAUUUGUUAAUUUUCCGCACAUAUUAUUUAUUUCAUUAAAGUUCAAUAAAAUAUUUUGUAAUAAAUAUAUUUUGUAAACAUGGCUGUGCGUAUAGUGAACAGAAUAUUUCAACAAUCUAAAUAUCUUGGACUUCAUAAAGUUGCAACUCAUACAUUCGGGGUGCCAAAUUAUAUUGCCGGUAAGGUUCGAUUUCAAAGUACAGAAGCAGCAAAGGAAACUAAGCCAACUGUUCGACAAGUGAGUGAAGUAGUAAAACAAAAUUUGGCAGAAUUCGGUAAGUAUGUUGCCGAAUGUUUGCCAAAGUAUGUUCAAAAAAUACAAAUAGCCACUGGAGAUGAAUUAGAAGUACUUAUUGCGCCAGAAGGAGUUUUACCUGUAUUGCAAUUCUUAAAAGAUCAUCAUAAUUGCCAGUUUGCAAAUUUGACUGACAUUUGUGCCGUAGAUAUCCCAUCGCGCACAAACAGAUUUGAGAUUGUAUACAAUUUACUCUCCGUUCGUUUUAAUGCGCGUAUCCGAGUGAAAACAUACACUGAUGAGCUAACUCCAGUAGAUUCAAUCACAGCCAUAUAUGAAGGGGCUAAUUGGUAUGAGCGUGAAAUAUGGGAUAUGUACGGCGUAUUCUUCAGCAAUCACCCGGAUUUAAGGAGAAUCCUGACAGAUUAUGGUUUUGAAGGUCAUCCAUUCCGUAAAGAUUUUCCGCUGUCCGGUUAUGUUGAGGUGAGGUACGACGAUGACAAAAAAAGAGUCGUUGUGGAACCGUUAGAAAUGACUCAAGAAUUCAGACGUUUUGAAUUGUCGACUCCAUGGGAACAAUUUCCCAACUUUAGAAAUGCUUCCCCAUCCACUGAAGAGGUGCCGGUAGACAAAGAAAAGAAAUAAUAUACUGAUAAAAAGAUUUGUUAGAGACUUCAACAAUAGGCAAUCCAAUUUCUUUCUUCAACACGGCACGAAUAAUAUCAACCUGAAAAUUGAAGCAUUUUAAUGUAAUUAUAGUUGAGGUACAAUGUUUUUAUAUCAGUUGUUCAAAUAAUUAAUUUGUUAUUUCUUAACUACUCUUUUCAAAAUAAAUAGUUGUUAGUAAACAAAUACUGCAAGUAUCAUUUCUACAAUAUUAUAUAUUAGUAUAUUUAAGAGCGGUACUUUGGUUGUAUUUAAUUUUCAAGCUUUACAAUCUAAUGUUUGUCCUUAUUAGAAUUCUCAUAAUAUACAAAACUUGACGUCUACGCUAAUAUAUUAUGUUUAUUUGAUUAA